AUGGACUACGGCGAGAGCACCAACCCCAACGCCGCGCGGCCGCCGCCCGUCGACUACCCCAAGCCGCCGCGGCUCGUGUCGCGCCCCAAGCCGCCCGUCGCGCAGGACGAGGAAAUGGGCAACGAGAUCAAGCUGGGCGACUUUGACGACGUGCACGCGCUGUCCGUCUCCGAGGCCCGCGCCGUCGUCACCGCCGUGCACAAGGGCCGCAAGAACAAGGACCCCGAGAGCAACCCGCUGCGCGACCGCAUCCACAACGACAACCCGACCAUUACCCACUUCCUCGACUACUUUGACAACUUUGCCCGCUACAAGGAGGAGGAGAGCCUGCACGCCAUCAACGCCAUGUUCGACACCCACCCGGAGCUGACGACGGUCGAAAAGGCCUUGCUGGGCACCCUCACCCCCGACUCGGCCGACGAGGCCACCACCCUCAUCCCCUCGCUCGCCGAGAAAAUGGACACGGACUCGCUGCAGGCCAUCCUGGACGAGCUCACCAAGAUGCAGGACCGUCUGCGAUGA